AAAAAAAAAGUCAUAGACGUAUGUGAUUUUUAGUGAGCAAGACACUCUGAGCAUCAGAUAGAACGAUGGGUGGUGAGACCAGUUCCCAUUCCCAGGAAACGAGCGAGAAAUUUCAGGCUGCAUUUAAGAGGGUUGCUGAUGUUGCCCAUAUUCCAACAUGUGCAAAUUUCUGGAUGUACAAAGAAAAAAUCAGACCCAUUUUGGAACAAAUAAUAGGUGGGGAACAGAUCAGACAAUGCUUCAAAGUCCAGAAAUCAGACAUGUUCACAACUGCAAUGUCACACUACAAAGGCAAAGUCUCUGAAAUCCGAAGAAAAAGUGCCUCCAUUCGCCACGAGUCCUUGAUGAUCGUUUUUGAUGAUUCUAGGGAAUAUGACUAUGAUGGAGGUGGUUUUAGAAGAGAGUUUUAUUCGACUUUCUUCCUGCAAGCUAUCAGAGACAGGGGACUCUUUAUUGGGAAUUUUCCUCGACUAGUGCCAAAUUUUGCUCAGGACAGAUUGGACGAUUUGACUGCAGUCGGUAUUGGAAUAGUGGAAGCCAUUUUGAAUUUUGAUUGUGGAUUUCCAUACUUAAAUCCAGGACUGUAUCAUUUCAUGGUAGACCAUGAAGAUUUUGAGCAGUACCUAACGGUAGAAGACAUUCCAAAUCCAGAAGUGAAAUAUCUUGUUGAUCAACUCUUAGAGUGCAGAACCGAUGACCAAAUAAAUGACGUCAUUCAGAAUGAGGAGGGAAAUGUGGUGGGACACAUUGGCUGGCCAGCCGGAAAACACUUCAACAUGGACAGCAGAGAACAGUUAAUCCAUAUGCUGACAAAAUACAGCAUUAUUGAUGAGAGAAGACCAGCAAUAGAUGCACUGAUGAAAGGUCUUAAUUAUCUAAAGUUUCUAGACAAAAUAAAAGGCGUCUCCUUGUUAGAGCCCCUUUUCGUUCAUUCCGACGAAUACUCCAUUAAUAAAGAGUAUCUGAAGAAAAUUUUGCUUCCGGCUCUGGAGGGCUUAAAUGGUGUUAAUGAGAAACUGCAAAAGGCCAAGGAUUAUGCAAUACGCUCUGUUAAUGAGAUUAAUGACGAAGAAGCGCGGGCUCUCUACCAUUUCAUCACAGGUCUAGCCAGUCCUUCUGUAAGCCAGGAGCAACUAAAUGCUGAAUUCAUCAUGGCCAACCCCCAGCAGAAAGUUCCAGAAGCUAUGACAUGUUUUGAGAAAUUAAUGAUUCCUGUUGGGAAUAAAGACUACAGGGAAUUUAAGGAGUCAUUUCAACAUGCCAUAAGAACAUUUGAAACACUCGAUAGAACAAGCAACUAAUGUAUAUGUGUAUGAGAAAUGUCCAAGCUGGCUUCCAAACCUGUAAUUGUUCAUAAUUUCCAAAUUUUAAAUGUUGCCAAGUACUGAAAGUUUACUUAGAAUACUUACUGUAUUUUGCUUCAAAUGAACAUACGAGGGUUGUCCCAAAAUUCCGUAGACAAGCGUAGUUUUGUAGGAACCCGAUGUCAUGAAUUAAUAAAACUUUGUAUAUAGAUUCAUCCAGUUAAAACAUAACUUUAUAACCAAACAUCGAGGAAUUACACAUAUAUGUAUGAACCCAAUUUAAAUAAAAUAUUUGAUUGUCUGGAGUAAGAAGGCGACGCAGUACCCAAAAGCUGCAGUUAAAAAUUGGCGUAUAAUAUAUAAAAUCAAACGAAGAAUUUUAUAUCGUUUUUAUGCACCGGUUUGAAAUCCGACUUGUUGAAAA